UUGACCGAGUUUCGAAGUUAUCCCACGUAAGGUUUCUCUAAAUGGGAUAGUGUAUUAAAAAUUGAUUUAUGCGCGCUAAUUACAUUAACAAAGUGAAUACAAACAGUUGCUAAGAUGUGGCUCGAUCAAGCGGACGGUUUCGCGGAGAUAUUCCGUGGCUACUUACCGUACUAUUUGCUUGUAGUAUUCCCAAUUUUCAUAAUAAUGUCGCCAGCGAACCCUGUGGCGGCAUCCCAUGAGUUUUCCGUGUACAGAAUGCAGCAAUACGACCUUCACACCGUUCCCCAUGGAUGUCGCAGUGCAAGCUUCAAUCUAGAAGGGAGGUCAUUAUCAUCAUGGAGCAUGUCCCGUCACUGUGUCGUUGCUCGCAUCCAGGAUAUCACGAUUGACCAUUUUGUGGAGAUCCGUAAUAAGGCUGGGGCACUGUUAUUAGUGCUACCUAAGAAUGAUACUUUACUAUCAGAUGAACAGAAAGAGCACAUCAAGCUCUUGGAAAUGGCAAUGAUGCAACAAGAGAUAAGCAUCCCAGUAUAUUUUGCUGAAUGGAAUCCGGACUUUGAGGAUAUCAUCAAGGAUCUGCAGCACAGCUUCAUCACCGACGACAAGUCUGGAACAGCCCUAGAGGCCAUGUUUAACACUGUCUCUUCUAACGGCUAUCAAAUUGUUGUGUCCACUCCUACACCUGCAAGAAUGGACUCUAAACCGGUGACUAUUCAUGGAAAACUAAUUGGCCGGUCUGGAGCCGUACAAACCAUUGUUAUUGCUGCCCAUUAUGAUUCUUCAAGUAUUGUUCCUGAGCUCUCAUUCGGCGCGGACUCGAAUGCGUCAGGAGCGGUCGCGUUAUUAGAGCUAGCACGUAUAUUCUCUCGACUGUAUUCCACCGCUGCAGUGCGUGGAGGGCCUACCCUGGUCUUCAUGCUGACAUCAACCGGUCAUUCACUCAACUAUUUCGCCACGAAGAAAUGGCUGGAGGAACAUUUAGACUCUACUGAUGCUUCAUUACUACAGGACAUCUCCUUCGUUAUGUGCCUGGACUCUAUAUCCUCGGGUCCGUUGACGAUGCAUGUCUCCAAACCCCCUAAAGAUGGGUCUCCAGCGCAGUCCAUAAAGUCUAGACUUGGUGUGCCAAUAGUGCAUAAGAAGAUCAACUUAGCUGAUGAGUUUCUGGCAUGGCACCACGAGAGAUUCAGCAUAAGGCGGAUGACGGCAUUCACUAUUAGUUCAUUGCAGAGUCACAAAGACCCAUCCAGGAACACACUUUUGGACACAUCCUCGGAGAAUUCCUUCCGGAACAUUGCCAAUAAUAUAGCGGCCACCGCCCGAGCGCUCGCUUCACACAUUUACAAUCUCACUGAUGAGAAAAAUGAAGAAGACUCAGCGUUAUAUGACGAUGCUUUGAGUGUUGAUGAAGCGUCAAUCAAGCACUGGUACAAGUUCCUAUCAUCACAGCCAAGGCCACCGCAAAUCAUCACAUCCGCAACACCAAAUGGGGGAGUUACGGGUGCGCUGGAGCGAGCAUUAUCAAGGUACAUGGAGGUGACGGUCACUCCCCACGCAGUGGACAAGCGUGAACCGGAGUACGCUUUGUACCCGCCCACCAGAGCUGUGCUCUACGUCUAUAGUGUUAAACCCGCGGUGUUCGACCUUAUACUCACGCUGGCGAUAAUCGCUUACCUCACUCUGGUGUAUUUCGCGAUACAGCUGUUCCCGCGGUUCUACGAGGAGUACGCUAAAUUCGUCACCGGGAAGGCCAAAGUUAAUUAAUGUACAUUAUAAUAUAAAGGUGUUAAACAGUUAUUUGGCAGCUAAUAAGUCAAAAGUCAAAUGAAAGCGUCAAGGCCGCGUUCGCGGUAGCGUGCAUAUUUGCGUCAUCAUCGUCAUCAUCAUGUCCAAAAAUGAGUCCAAAAAUCCACGGGCCGCUUGUUUUCAGCGGCUCCCAGCGACUCGCUUGAUGUCGUCUUUUCACCUCGUUGGGGGCGACCAUCGCUGCGUUUACCUGUGUAGAGUCGCCAUUUCGGCACUUCGGGACCCUCAACGUCCAUAGUUUCAAAAGCAAUUGUUUUACUACUUUAAAAUUGUAAUAAUGACGUCCGUCCUUGUUUCCGGACCCUAAAGCAUAAACCUCUCCGCUGAAAGAAUCGUCCAAUCGCAAACUUUCUGAAAACCGGCGCCUCUUCUCAUUGGUCGCAAAUAGUCACGCUACCGCUUACGUUUUGGAAGCUUAUUUAAAAGACAAAUUUCUGAACCGUUAGACGGAAGAAAAACAUUCCCGAACGCAACAGUUAUGUCGGCUUAUACGCUGUGAUACUUCUACUGUCAAAUAACUUAUGCGGUUGAACGACUUUAAACUAAAGUAAUCUACACGGACUGCUUUCUCAAUCAAAAGAUAUCCUAUUUGAAGAAUAAAUAUGAUAUACUUCCUUAAUAGUAUAAUAAGCAUGAUGAGAAUAACAAAGAAUCACAAAAUUACUGUAUUGUUCAUAAUGUAUUAUUUUAUUCAUGUGUUAUAAAAAAAACGUAUUUUUAUUUAUCUUCUAAGUGCGAUUUUGAAUAAAUAAAACUGAAAAAUCUAUCAAUCCGCCAGGUUAAAUUCUGAAUGACGUCACGUCUAUACAAAGUGUAAAUGAAAACCGAAAUAAUACUUCACAGGCUUUAGAGGUACAUAAUGUACUGUCUCUGAGACUUAUCUGCGAA